CAAAGAUAUGAGAGGCAACGUUUUGAAAGUUUAUUUCGUCAAUUCCGAAAAAGAAUGAAUCAAGCUCUGUUUAAAAAGCAAUAUACGAACUCUUAAAUAAGAUACCUGAGACAUAAAGCGAUGGGUUCUGGUGCAAAGGCAACCGCGUCACGAAAAUUCAUGCUUGUAUUUAAUAAUGCUUUUCUGGUAUUAGGGGGAGGAUGUGUUGGAUUGGCUAUAUGGGUACUUGUCGACAAGAAAUACUUGAACGCAUUGACGAAAAUUGGAGGUUUAGAUGAUUACAAUGUGAUGUCACUCUUAGAGAAAUGCGCUUAUUCCUUAAUAGUUGGUGGAGCUGUAAUUUUUGCAAUCGCCUUCCUUGGCUGCUGUGGGGUCAUGAAUGACAACAAGUUGGCUGUUUUCUUGUAUGCUGUCGUGUUAUCGCUGACAGUUAUAUGCGAGGCGACAGGCGGGGUUAUAGCCGUUAUAUUCAAGGAACAGCUGGAGGUAGAACUAAAAUCGUUUCUUAACGACACAAUUUAUGAGAAAUACGACGGAGAUCUGUUUACUGCAGAACCAUAUUCUCUCGCCUGGGACUUCGCCCACGUUACAUUUGAUUGCUGUGGAAUCUACAACUACACAGAUUUUUAUAUUGCGCAACACUGGAACAGAACAUAUACUUACCAAGAUGGAAACAGUACUGUUGCCAUGGUGGCAGACAUUCCUACAAUGUGCUGUAAAAUAAAGGACAAAGCACUUUACCCUCUAAAUGUUCUUAAUCUUGAGCUUCAAAACACGACCUGCCCUCUAUACCCGACAGCUGCAAACUCCUGGUUUUUAACGGGUUGUUACGAUUCUGUUAAAGCGUGGAUAUUACAGAAUGACAUCCUCCUCUUGUGUGUAGGGAUAGGCAUCGCAUUUAUUGAGAUAGUUGGUAUAACUGCAGCAUGCUGUGUUUUCUUUGAUAUUAAAAGAAAAAAUGAAUCAAAAGUAGGACAAGGCGAGUGACCUUGAGGCCUAGUGUUGACAUACUGUUGGAUUUCCAAGUUUUCUCGUGUGUCUAAUUGUCUAAAGCAUUAGUAUAUACAGUGCAUACCCGAGUAUAUACUAAAAUGUAUUUUAACUUCUCUUACACUUUUUAAAGAACUCGAUUCUAACUAUUUACAAAGGGUACACAGAAAAAUAUACACUUGCUCUAAAAGGUUAGUAUCCUGUCCUAUUCCGCAAAUGCGUGGUAGUAAAGCAAUUUGCAAUUUGCAGUUUGCAAUUUUAUCAAAUUCAUAUUUCAUUUUUAUUAUUUUAUGGCCUUUUGUAAUUGCGGGACAAAAUUAAAAUUGACGCAGGAUAAAUGGAUUUCCUGUUGACAAGCUUUUGGAGGGAGUGUAAAUUAUAUAAGAUUAACAAAGGGUUUGCAAAUAACAUAUAAUAAU